AUGCCUGAGAUGAACUGGGAUCUUUUAAAGUCUAGAAUUGAUAAUAUUAAACCGUAUGACGGUAACAGUAACACGUUAAAUAAAUUUCUAAUUAGGUGUGAAGACCUUAUUAAUGAUUAUCGGCAAUUUAAUGAUGCACAAUUAUCUAAACACAUAUUCCAAUCAGUUCAAGAAAAACUUAUAGAUAAAGCAGAAAUAUUAGUAGGUAAUCGUGCUGAGUUAACAGAUUGGCCGAGAUUGAAAGAAGCCCUGAUUCAGUGUUUCGCUGAUCGUAGAAAUAUUGACUGUUUAGUACAAGAGCUCACUAGAAUGAAACCAUUUAGGAACGAACCAUUGAUGAACUUUGGAAGUCGAAUUCAAUUAUUAAGAAGUAGUAUAGCGCAGAAAAUUAGUAAUAAUCCUAACAUAACUAACGCGGAGAAAGUGUUCCAAAUAAACCAUUAUGAUAAAACUGCACUUAGUACUUUUAUAGCAGGUUGUAGUGGUACCUUAAGAAAUAACUUGCAUCUUAAAAAUCCAGCCUCACUGGAAGAUGCAAUGGCCUAUCUGAACGAAUUUGAAAACUUUGAAAAAUUAUAUGGCAAUCUAAAUGACAAUAACCGAGCAACGACGUCCAGAUUUAAUAGUAAUUAUCGACAACCUUAUUCACAACCAAGAUACUAUCCUGAAAACCUAACAUAA